AUAAUAUUUACGAGAAAAAGAUUCAAAUUCUGCUAUAGUCAAACUCAAAACUCGAAACCUCAUUUGCAAAAGGACCCUUUUUGAUCUGAAUCACACAAACUGAAAGAUUUUCUCUGCAGAGAGACUGAGCCACAGAUCAUAGACGAAAGAUCUACUCUAUCCCAACAGAGAAAGGGAAGUCUCAGCUUUUCUUUUUGGCUUAUUCUCUGGGACAGAGAGAAGCUAUAAAAAGCACCCCCUUUCGUGGCUUUCUUAUUUAAUGCCCUCUCAUUGAGAUGUACUUUGCAGAGAAGAGAGUAAAAGAAAUGGUGGGUACCUUUAUUUUUGUCUGAGAAGUGAGAAAUUAGAAGCAAGGACUGAGGAGAGAGAGAGGGAAAGUGGCAAAAAUACUCAAAUGGGUUUUGAAAGUGAAGAGAUUCACGAGAUGGGCAGUGAUGGAAAUGGGUUAUAUUUACUACACGUUGCUCCAGAAAGUUAGAGAGAGAAAAUAGAGGAAGAGUUGAAACAUUUUCUAGUCAAAGAGAAAAUUUUUUAAAGUGGGAAAAUGGUAGUGGAGCUUUUUCUUGGUUAGCUUAGCUAAAAUCCGGCGCUUUUUUGUAUUUUGAAUUGGAAAAGUUGGGAUUACUGAAGUUGUUGUGAGAGAGAGAGAGAGAUCUAGACGAGAUGGGUAAAGCUACAAGGUGGCUAAAGGGCUUGUUGGGUAUGAAGAAAGAUAAAGAGAAAGAAAGAGAAAAUGGCGGUGAAACUUCAAGUCCAAUUUCAAGCGAAAGGAGAGAUAAAAAAAGAUGGAGUUUUGGCAAAUCAGGAAGGGAUAACACAGUGAUCCCACAAAUUCCCGAGAAUCUUCAAGGGAAAGAUGCUGCCUGGAUCAGAUCCUACUUUGCUGAGACAGAAAGAGAGCAGAACAAGCACGCAAUAGCGGUGGCUGCUGCCACGGCUGCAGCAGCCGAUGCCGCAGUGGCUGCAGCACAGGCUGCGGUUGCGGUAGUGAGGCUGACCAGCCAUGGCAGAGGAACAUUGUUUGGUGGAGGGAGGGAAAGGUGGGCUGCAACUAAAAUUCAAACUGUUUUCAGAGGCUAUUUGGCUCGAAAAGCUCUUCGAGCAUUGAAAGGGCUGGUUAAGAUACAGGCACUUGUUAGAGGUUACCUUGUACGAAAGCGGGCUGAUGCUACUCUUCACAGUAUGGAAGCUCUUAUAAGAGCUCAAACUGCUGUUCGAUCCCAACGUGCUCGUCGUUCUGUAAACAAAGAGAACAGAUUUCAACCUGAAAAUCGACCGCGAAAAUCGAUUGAAAGAUUUGAUGAUACAAGAAGUGAAUUCCAUAGCAAGAGGCUGUCUACAUCUUAUGAAAUGAAUGUGUUCGACGAAAGUCCAAAAAUAGUUGAAAUCGACACUUACAAGCCAAGAUCAAGAUCUCGAAGAUUCACUGCUGCAUUAUCAGAAUGUGAUGAAGAAUUCCAUUACCAAGCAAUCUCAUCACCGCUUCCAUGUCCAAUUUCAGCUCGAAUCACACCCGAAAGCAAAACUCAACAAGAUUUUGAUUGGUACUUCAAUGGUGAGGAAUGUAGGUUCUCCACAGCCCAAAGCACUCCAAGGUUCGCAAACUCUGUCCGAUCAAACGCCCUUGCUACACCAGCCAAGAGUGUCUGCGGAGACAGCUACUUCAGGCCUUAUUCAAACUUCCCCAAUUAUAUGGCAAACACACAAUCCUUUAAGGCCAAAUUGAGGUCACACAGUGCUCCGAAGCAGCGACCGGAGCCAGGGCAAAAGAAGAGGCUUUCGCUGAAUGAAAUAAUGGCAGCAAGGAAUAGCAUAAGCAGUGUCAGAAUGCAGAGGUCAUGUUCCAAAGUUGAUGAAAGUUUAGGUUUUUGACAGAUUGAUCGAACAAAGAAAUAGAUUCUGAAAUCUAAGCUUGUUAUUUUCAACAAACGUUGACAACCAAUAUGAUAGAUGAAAGAGUGGCUUGUGCAAAUUCUUUUCAACAGUUGACGUUGAUGUUGCCUUUGCAAUGAAAUCAGAGCUUCUUUUCUUGUUAA